AUGGCUGCCUUAAUUUCUAGGGCGAUCAACUGCGACAAUCUCUGGCGCCCCUGGUACAUCAUAUUUGUCACCUGCCUGCAAAUUUUCAUGCUCUACUCUGGCAUAGCUCGCUACAUUACCUUCAAGGAACACUUCCUUGAUCCUAAGUAUGGUGGCAAUUGGAACUCAGCUGGAAUGAAUUUCUACCUGGCGAUGCUCAUUGUUGCGACCUUUUUUGUCUGUCUUUUCCUCUACUCCAGUCUGAUCCGUGGAUCAAAUCUUGCUGGUGAAGGGGUUGCACUAGGGCAGGAGCUGGUUCUUUACCACCCUGGCCCGUUUCAUUGGCCUCAACAAACGCAGUCACAACAAGAGGGAAGUAAUGCAGGUCUUUAUGCCACUGCAAAUGGCGUUUUGGAGAGAGGCAACCUUAGUGCUGGGCUGGGAGCCGUAGGGGAGGAGGAGGGAGUGCCACCGUUUGACACCUGGUCUGCCCGCAGCGCUGCUCACGUUCCACCCAGCGAUUUUGCCACCUAUCCGGGACUGCCGACCAUGUUUCGAUCAAUAGUAUCAACUGGAGGAACGAACGUGACGGGAGAGAAGGAGCGCUGGUUGUCAUUGUAUGCCCUUUGGAGGCGUUUUCAACGGCGUUUUAUUCCCCCCUCUAGCCUCAUGCAUAUCAUCUCCGCCCAUGCCUUCUUGCUACCUCUACCAGUUCUCGAAGCCCAGCUUAUUUUUCACCACGUCAUAUCCUAUGAAAACGUGUGGAAAAGCAACCUGAAUUCGAUCUUGCGCUCAUCGUCCUCCAAUGCAAUGUCAGUGGAGUUCUUCAAUCUCCUAUUCGCGUUCGCAGCGUUAGCCCUUCGUUAUCCAUCCGUCUUUUGGCGAACCAAUCAUGCCUUUGCCUUUACAUUCUCUCUUCUACUUGUUGUUCUCGGCGUGCACGGGCUUUUGGAGAUGAAUUCUGCCGAAAUCAUAGUCAAACUUUGCUGGAAUGAUAAGAAGUUUGCUUCUUCUCAAGCAGGAUUGUGUCAGACGGCUGUUGUAGGAGCAUCUGCUAAUGGUGAUAAAGUGGAUUAUCUAGAACCAGCAGUCUUUGAACUACCCGCUGAAGAUCCAGAGGGCCUACAAAACGCAACCGUACUCUUUCUUUCUGCGUUUGGGACCAUCACGACGCUACUUCUCACCUCCUGUGUUUUUGACUAUGGCGUUGAUCAAUUCGUAGACAGACUCAAUGCUUUGAGGAGAAGUGCCAUUUUCGGGCCUACUUCACAAGAUGUCGUCCCUUCCGACACGGCAUCAAUACAGGUUGGAGGCGUUGGGGGUGUCUGCGGCCUGAAGUCGGAAGGGCAGCGACGUAGGCAAAGAGGUGUGGUUUGGCGGCGGCUUGUAGCAGUAGUGGGAGCCCUCUGCGUUCUUGCCAUCAAAAUGCCCAUCCUUAUUGCCUGCGGUCAUGCCUUUGGGACAGGUGGAAGUCCACUACUUUUAGCCAACAUUGUCGCCACAGUCUUCUUCUUCUGUGUCUGGUUUAUCAUCUGGUUCGCAUUCUGCCUCAAACCCGAGUGGAAAUUCAAGGUGAACUAUACAGCUCCAUCCCAUUUACCAAUACCUCAUCCUCUCACGCCACAGUAUCUCUCGCAUUCGGCUGCAACUCUCACUCGUCUAGGAGGUAAUGGUGGAGGUCCUGGUGGUCCUACGGGCACCCUCUUGGCCACCGUCACCGGUGCGGCACCACAGCGUUUGCCGCAGGAUGGUAUGAGGUGCGCCAGCGGUGUUGCUGGCACUGGUGGUGUUGCUCCUAGUGGCGGUAGUGGGGGUUUACGCCUGACCUCUGGGAGUCCUCUCUAUGCCUGUCUCCACGAUGGCGGUCCUGUGGCGGGAAUGUAUCGCCUUGCUGGAAUAGUAUCGCCACCUCCUCCUGGAGGUCAGGUGCCCAUCGGCCAAUCAAAUAGAGCAGCUGCAAAUGCUCUGCAGAACACGGAUUGCUAUAGUGUGGACACCGAAGGCAGUAGUCGUCAGAGUGGGACCAACAACUAUGUAUGUCUUCAAAGCUCCUUGAAUACUACCAACGCACUUGGAAUGAAUGCAUCGUCUCAGACGCAGCCCUUCGGCAACGAUGUGCAGACGAACACAACACCGUUUGAUCAGCAGAUACCGAGGUCGUCAUCUCAGGAACCUGAUGAUCCUCUCAGUGCUCUGCGGUAUGCUUUGCGUCCAAGUGAAAUUUUGUGUCCAGGUAGCCUUCGUUUUAUAAACGGCACUCCCUUCGCUGCACAAGGAUCCGGUGAGGCCGAUGCAGGCCAUCUUCUGGUGGAGGGUGCCCAGGAGACGCACACCUUUCUCCCUCAGUCAUCCGCAUCGACCACCGCUGCCACCGCUACUGUUGUCUCUGCAGUCUCCAGCACAAAACUGGACGAGUCAAAGCAAACCCAACCACGAGUAACCUUCAAGGAUUUGACCAAAACCAUGAAAAACUCUCCCAGCACUAGUGAAGCCAGUUCGUCCUCGAAUCCCAACUCAUCAAGUGACAGUGGAAUCGACAAUCACGUCCUUCCAGCACCCACCACCACAACCACAACAGUCAGUGGCUCCCUGUUCGCCACUCUCCCUUGCGUAUCUAGAACAAGCCUUACCCUUUCCUUCAACGGGGGUACGAAAAUUAGAGCAGCUGAACCUACUUACUGCAAUCAGGAGCAGAUGUCUUCGUCAUCAACAUCUACUGCUGGAGUUUUUGAGUGCCCCAGUAUGCCACCUUUGAAUCUGCCACAAAACGAAGCUGGCGAAGUUUCUUUUGCUAGUUUGUCACGCAGGUUCAAUCUAAGGGCUACAUCAUUCGAGCCUCCGUCACCCUCGCCAGUCCCUGUUGAAGCCUCAACGCUGGCGAGGAUAAGCGCUUAUAUUGAUUGUGUCGGCAGAUGGGACUGCUUUUGGGUUUUAGCGAGUAGCAUGGCUUCAUCGCCUUGUUUGUCAUUGUCAUUUACAGAGGAGGAGGCUGCUAAACUCGCCGAACUUGACAGGCAGGCUCUCACUCAUUUAAUUGCAAGUCCUGACUCUGAAUGUACAGGAUUGAGGGUCGCUAUUGUACGUCGGGGCUUCCCGCUAUAUUUAUGUUAUAGCUUGGAAUUUGGCUUUUUUCGGAUUGACAUUAACGAUAAUCGCAAGCUCUUAGAGAGGGCCGUUUUCUACUUGGAUGGGAUUAUUGCAAGAAAAGUAUACGAGUUGGAAGAAGCCAGAGCAAAGGAUGAACAGGAGGAGCUUCGUGUCAUUGAUGAGGUACAAAACUCUGUGCAAUCUCCUACGAAAAUUCGGAUCAAUGUUUAUUUAAAAUACUCUAAGAUGCAAGAUGAAAGUAUUCCACCGGCUAUCUAUCUCCUACUUGGCCAUUACCAACUCUUGCUUAAUCUCUAUGAUGAUGCAUUCUCAGCUUAUUCGAAGUAUGAAUCAUUAGUAGAUGAAAAGGGUCGUCGAAAUCUGUCUUUCCUCUAUGGUCUUGCAUUAUGUUGUUUUCAUUUUGGUGCUUUCAAUCGCGCUCUCCUACUGUUUCAACAAAUUAUCUAUCUCCAACCAUCCUUUCCACGACGAAAGGAAAUCCACAUUCGCCUUGGUUACAUUUAUAAGCUAAGGAAGGACCUCGACAAGAGUCACAGACACUUUCGUCAGGCUCUUCAUGACGAUUGCCCCAGCACAUGGGGUCCCAUUGAGAUUCAAUUUCAGAUAGGACACUUAUUAGAAGUUUGCGGUCGUAUUAAGCAGGCAAAGGCGACCUAUGAGCAGAUACUCGAAAGCGUUCAACCGGACACGGCCACUCAUAUCCAACAUCUCUGCCUGCGACAGCUAGCUUGGCUUUACCAAACUGGUGGCGGCGGUCAAAUUGGGGGAAAAGGUGAACCAGGUGCGGUCUCCUUAGCACACAAAGAGUUGGCUAUUCAACUUCUUCAAAAAGCAGUUGAUCUGGACAGUUCAAAUGGGAAGACUUGGUAUUUACUGGGUCGCUGUCAAGCCGCUGUCAAUCGUGUACAGGACGCUUUCCGGGCCUACCGUAGUUCCAUUGACAAAACAGAAGCAAGUGCAGAUACGUGGUGCUCUAUUGGUGUGUUGUAUCAAGAACAAAAUCAGCCUAUGGAUGCUCUGCAGGCAUACUUUUGCGCGGUUCAACUAGACAAGUGUCACGUCACUGCAUGGGUCAACUUAGGCACCUUGUACGAGAGCAUGCAUCAAUUCAAAGAGGCGCUAAAGUGCUAUACAAACGCAGCGAAUGCGGACAAGCGAGAUGUGAUAAAGCCGCCAGUAAAGGCUCGCAUUGCAACCCUACAGCAGCUGCUACCCCGCCUUGCCGACAAGGUAAUGGUGGGCUGUGGCAGUGUUGGCGCAGAUAUGAGUUUGGUGAACGCGGCUGGAGGCGCCAUUUCUUCCUCUGCUCUCUCGACUACCCCUCUGGCCAAACUGCCUACCGUGGAUGCCGCCUGGGAUCUGCCCAUCCCUGCUGAACUCACUCAGCGACAGGUGCAGCUUAUGCUUCAGGAAGCUAAUCGUUCGCAGUGUUCGGCUUUUUCUAACAGCGGCUCUCAUUGGGCUGCCCUCCUUAGUAGUAACGCUAUCAAAUUGGAGGAGGAAGAGGAAGAAGGAGGAAAGACAAUAAAGGAUGGCAAAGGUGAUUCUAGGAGCAAACACAACAAAACUUGGAUUUAUCCGUUGUGCUCUGUAGGCACUCAAAAACAAAAUGAUGAACCGCCAAGACCGUUUAAAAGGCUUAAGGUAGAAGAAGAUGAUGGUGAAGGCGAAGGGUGCAGGAAAAGGGAUUUCAAAGACCUUUCAUUGCUUUCGGACCCACCCCCUUCAGUGGACGAAAUUAGCACGCUGUACAGCCUUCUUUGUCAAGGUAACGGCCAGUCAGCCAGACAGCGUCAUCAAUUUCAGCGCAUUUACACGAAAGCCUUCAAUUACCUGCUUUAUAAGAAGAGCCACCCAGAGGCAGCUGCAGCAUUGGUCGAGGACCCAUUUACUUGUGUUAAUCGGCGCAUUCUUAAGCGUCAGAUGAGCAAUACCUCCGCUUCAGAGGGGCACGAAGGGAGUAGAGCCACUGCGGCUGUUUCUAAUAUCAAGGCUAGUACCACCACACCGCCUGCCUGUGAAACAGUGCCGUCUGAUGAUGUCGAAAAGACGGGUCAACGCCAACAGCAACAAGUGGAUGCUACAGUGGCGGAACUGCUCUCGGUGGCUGCCAAUGAUGAUGCUCUGGGGGCUGAUCAACUACCCGAUGACUUUGCUCUUCUUACUGACGAUCUGUUUGCUCAGCUCAAUACAACAGCCGAUGACUUGGUCGAUAUCAAUAUCUUUCAAAAUCCUCCGAGUUCAACCAAUGGUGGGGGUGACAGUGAAUGCGCCGGAAGCGCCCCUGGCGCUUCUACUGCUGCUAGUGCAACUGAACAUGGUGGACCAUCCGCUGCGGCGGAUAUGAAGUCCACAGAGGGGGAAGCGCAACAAUGUCCCUCCGCACCAUCAAAACGGGAGAAUACCACCUCAUUGGCACAUAAAGACGGUGGUGCUGCUGCUCCGUCCAACACCGCCGAGGUACCACCAAAAUCCUCCACUCCACCAAAAUUUGUGCGUAACUUGGGUGCCUUUUUAACCAAACCGGUAUUGCAACUUAAGAAGCCCACUGCUGAUCUGAAUACCUCAAUGACUGCUAAACAGAUUAUCGACGCUGUUUCUGGAUUUGGUCGGUUAGGUGGGCCAUGGUGGAACAGUUUGCUGCCCGAAGGCGGUCCUUUGCCCUCACCUCCCGAAAAGCCUCUUCCUCCCUGCCCAGCAGACAAGUUGCUACCUCCUACGCCUUGCGUUUAUUUGGAAAAACGCAAAGAUGCUGUUUCUCCCGAAUUGACUCGGUUUUGCCUCUCUCAACCUGUCGUGGUUGUGCGGGGUUUGGCCGCUGUUCUACGAAUGGAUUUGGGAUUCUUCUCCACAAAAUCCCUUGUUGAAGCCAACCCCAAUCAGCGAAUCGAGAUUCGCACGCAGUCGGUGAAUGGCGUGGACAAGACCAAAUCAGCAACUUUAUCAUCGACGCCUCUGGGUGAACAGAGCCCUUGGUACCUGGAGUCACCACGUACCCAGGCAACCAUCUCUCGAUAUGCUGUCUACCAGAUCGCCUCCUUUAAAGAGGCUAUGAGGGAAGAGAAACAAGGUCUUGGCCAUCAACCGCAUUCCGAUUCCACCUCGAUUGACAGAGACCCCGGCGCGUUCGCUAAAGGAACGUCAUAUUGCUGCGACCCAAUGCAAAGAGCAUCGAAAGUGUCACCGGGUGGGAAGUCCGCUAGUGGUUCUGUUGCCUCGACACCGCCGCGGAAUAAGUUGAUAAGGUCUGGAAUUAUUUCUGACCUCUCGGAUGAGGAGAAGUGGCUGCCACAGCUCCAUGAAUUAAACAAACUUCCCACCGCCUUCAGGGUCACAUCUGCCAUUAACAUGCUCUCCCACAUUGGUUAUCCUCUCAUUGGGGUUAACACUGUACAACUUUAUAUGAAGGCGAGUUUUUGGUCUCUUUCUAUCCCUGGCUCGAGGACGUUGGGCCACCAGGAGUGCAACAAUACCUGCGCUGUAAACAUCAACGUGGGUCCAGGCGAAUGCGAGUGGUUUGCGGUUCCUGAGCAGUACUGGGGCGUGUUACAUCAACUGACAGAGCGUCAGGGCCUAGAUUUCCUUACGGGAACUUGGUGGCCGGAUGUAGAGGAGUUACGACAGGAGGGUGUUCCACUUUACCGAUUCGUACAGAAGCCUGGUGACCUCGUCUGGCUGAAUUCUGGAACGGUUUAUUGGGUCCAUACCCUGGGCUGGUGCAAUAACAUUGCAUGGAACAUCGCCCCUCUGACAGCCCAACAGUACCAACUGGCUAUCGAGAGGUUCGAAUACAACCGUCUGAGGAAUGUAAAGUCUCCGGUCCCCAUGAUUCAUCUAUCCUGGCAAUUAGCCAAAAAUAUCCGCGUGGGAGAUGUGCAGCUCUACGAGCUCAUACGGCACACCCUUCUUCGUACCAUGGUGGAUUCGCAAUUGAUUUUAGACUUCUUGGACCAGCUUGAGAUUCAGGUCAAACGACAUGGCAAGAAGCCAGACGACAUCGCACAUUCCUGUCAAGACUGUGAGAUCGAGGUCUUUAAUCUGCUCUUUGUGACAACGCAGGAGAAAAAAACGGAGGUACGGUGUUUUGCAUGUGCACGCCGCUGUGAUCCCAGUCUACGCUCAUUCAGCGUCCUCUCCGAGUAUUAUAUGCAGGAGUUAGCCGCCAUUUACGACAACUUCCAAUUUCAGAUGGUGAGCUCACUUUGCUUUGCCAUUUUCGAGUCAAAAUUCUGUCAUUCUCUUUCAAUGCACUAA